AUGAGUAACUCUGAUCGUGAGUGGAUGUAUGCUAGAAUACUGGAAGAUGGAUUCAUAAAUCCAAAGUUUAUUGAUGGAGUUGAGAACUUUGUUGCAUUUGCAAAAGAACAUCCACGGUGCAUGGAUGGUGAGAAGUUAAGAUGUCCUUGUAAUCAUCGUAAGUGUCGAAAUAAAAAUAUUUUGGAUGAGUUUACAAUUAUGACACAUCUAGGAACUUAUGGCUUUGUACCGAAUUAUUACCGUUGGUAUCACCAUGGAGAAAGUUAUAUUUCAAAUCCAAGUGUGCUUAACGAUCAUCAAGAAGAAGCUUCUGGUGAAACCGUGAAUCCUCAAUCCCAUAAUGCAUUCCGGUCAAUGGUUUUUGAUGUUGCUGGGCCUUCUUAUAAUGGUAACGUGGAAGAGGACCCAAAUCCAACAACACAACAUAUUUAUGAUAUGCUCAAAGCAUCGGAACAAGAGAUUUGGACGGGAAAUCCACAUGGACAUACACAAUUGUUUGUUGUUGCUCGUUUGUUGAAUCUUAAGGCAGAACAUCAUUUUUCGGAAAGGUUGUAUGAUGAGUUAUGUCAGUUUAUAUCAGAAUUGAUGCCAAGUGAUAACAAAAUGAUCGAUAGUUUCUAUGGUACUAAAAAGCUAAUGCGGGGAUUAGGCUUGCCAGUCGAGAAGAUUGAUUGUUGCAAAAAUGGAUGUAUGCUUUAUUGGCGUGAGGACAGUGAACUAAUCAAUUGCAAAUUUUGCUCUCAUCCUCGAUUUAAGAGAUCAAAACAUCAACGUUCCAAGAAGAAAACUAAUAUUUCUUAUAAGAAGAUGUAUUAUUUUCCUUUAACUCCACGGCUACAAAGGUUGUAUGCAUCUAAUGCAACAGCAAAACAUAUGAGAUGGCAUUCAGAGCAUGAAAGAGAUGGUGUCAUGCGUCAUCCCUCAGACUCUCCUGCUUGGAAGCAUUUUGAUCAGACGUAUCCACACUUUGCAUCUGAAGUUAGAAAUGUUAGAUUGGGUUUGUCUACUGAUGGGUUUCAACCAUUUGGUCAAUCAGGUCAACAAUAUUCCUCUUGGCCUGUGAUAGUUACACCAUAUAAUUUACCACCUUGGAUGUGCAUGAAGGAUGAAUACAUGUUUUUAUCUGUGAUUGUACCUGGUCCAAAAAAUCCAAAACAGAAAAUUGAUGUCUUUUUGCAACCCCUCAUUGAAGAGUUGAAAGAAUUAUGGGAGGUGGGAGUCCAAACAUAUGAUGUUUCAAGUAAAAAUAAUUUUCAAAUGCAAGUUGCAUUGAUGUGGACAAUAAGUGAUUUUCUAGCGUACUCAAUGUUGUCGGGUUGGAGUACAGCAGGAAAAUUAGCUUGUCCUUAUUGCAUGAAAGAUUCUGAUGCUUUUUCACUAUCCAAUGGUAGAAAAGUUUCAUGGUUUGACAAUCACAGAAAGUUCUUACCACCAGAUCAUACAUGGCGAAAAAACAAAAAGUGGUUCAAGAAAGGUCAAAUAGUACAGAAGGUUGCAUCUACUGAACAAUCAGGUUUACAAAUACUUAGGGAGAUUGAGGAUUUGGGACUCAUGAAAGUGACAGAACUUUGUUCUGACAAGGUGAAUGCAAGAAUCUCAAAGAGUAGCUUAUGUGGUUGGAAGAAAAGAAGUAUAUUUUGGGACUUGCCUUACUGGAAAACAAAUCUUAUUCGGCAUAACCUUGAUGUGAUGCACAUAGAAAAAAAUGUGUUUGAUAACAUUUUUAACACCAUCAUGAAUGUUAAGGGAAAAACAAAGGACAAUGCCAAAUCUAGAGAAGAUUUAAAAGUACUUUGCAAUCGUCCAGAGUUGCAUCAGGAUGAAACUACUAAAAAGUACCCGAAAGCUUGUUACAUGUUAGAUGAUAAUGCCAAAAAAGUGCUUUGUAAGUGGUUGCAAGAGUUGAGAUUUCCUGAUGGUUAUGUGUCUAACAUGGGAAGAUGUGUUGACAUGAACAAGCUUAAACUCUUUGGUAUGAAGAGUCAUGAUUGUCAUGUAUUUAUGCAACGGCUCAUACCUAUUGCAUUUCGAGAUUUGCUUCCACGAAAUGUGUGGGAACCAUUGACAGAGUUGAGUCUUUUUUUUAAAGAUCUCACUUCUACCUCAAUAACUGAGGAACACAUGAGACAAUUAGAAAGAAAUAUUCCUCUCAUCUUGACUAAGCUUGAGCGCAUUUUUCCUCCAAGCUUCUGGGAUUCUAUGGAACAUCUUCCCAUCCAUUUAGCUUAUGAAGCACGUUUAGCAGGCCCAGUUCAAGAACGAUGGAUGUAUCCAUGUGAAAGGUAA